GCCGCAGCAACCGGGAGGGGCGCGGGCGCGGGCGCGGUGGGAGACGCCCCUCCGCUCGGGGACUGCCGCUACCGGCGGUGCGCGAAGGGGUGGCGGCAGCGAGGGACCGCGGCGUGUUGGUUCGCAGGAAGGGGUUGAAGGGGCUGGCCGGUGAGCCCCGCGAUCGCCCCAGCCCUCCCUGCCCCCAUUCGAGGAGGGCAGCAAACUUGAGACGCGCAGUGGCCCCCGAGGGGCUCGGCUCCCCUCCGCUGCAGAACGCACUCGGGGGCUGCUCCGGGAUCACCGUCCGGCAGCCCGCCUGGCUCGGGACUGCGGAGGCGCCUUGAGACCCUGAGGUCCCCACGCCCGCACCAACUUUCCAAACCCGGUUGCACCCGGAGGCGGGGGAGCCGCUCCCUGCUUCCUGCUCCCAGCACUGGCCGGGUCUCCGCACCCAGCCCGCUGCGAUGAGCAGGGCCCCUAUGCGGCCGGAGCCGCUGGAUGGUGCAGAGCCCCCCGCGGGAAGCCGGAACAACCCUUCCGCUCCUCUCUAGAUAGGACCCGGGGAGCAGCCCCUCCCAGGCUCCAGGGACCCAGUGCUGGCUUUCGCGGUAACGGCCCAGAGUAGCCCUAGCCGGGAUGCUGGACGUUAAAAGGCCAGGCUACCUGAGGAAGAUAAGACCUGGGGGUCGUCCUGGGGUGGCACCUUGUCCUGAUUUCAGGUGUGCCCCCUCCCCCACUCCGGGCCUGCUCUUUCACAGGACUGCCUUCCACAGCCCUGGGGCCGGCUUCCUCCUGGUGGACUUAAAACUGCUCCUCGGCAGGGGACUCGUAGGAAGGGCCACUCCUAGGGUCCAGGUGCCCGAAGACGGGCUUGGGCCAUUGACAGGGAGCUGGAGGCUGGGGCAGGGGAGGUGGCAAUCCAGUCAAGGACAGAAAUUCAGCCCAGCAUCUUCUGGAGGGGUGGGAGGAGUGGGGGGGGGGGAGCGGGGGCAGGCUUGGGCGCAGGAGUCAGGCACCCUGGCUGGGAGAAACUGCUUUGACAAGCAAAGGGAUGACAGAGGCAAGCAGGUGGGAACUGACUGUCCAGGUACCUCCUUCAGAGGCUCAUCAGGCCCUUGCGGAGGGACCUGCUGUCUCCGUCAGAGACCUUACCUGGGCAGGUAGUUCCCGGGUUCCUGUCCUCUGCAGCAGGGACACUUCCAGGCAUCAUGAUGACCCUGUUUCUUUUUCAAAGUGCUUUCACCGUCAUGACUCACACAUUGCAUUCACCAGGGAGUUAUCAGGCUUCCAACCUAUUCCAUUCCCCUCUCUCCCGGGUCUUUAGGGAGCUGCCCGGGAAAGAAGGGGGUGGAUUUGCCCUUGGGCCUUGAACCCCUGCAGGAGGCCAGGAGCUUGGCACAGCGGCACCUUUCAUUUUCCUGUUGCCUGACUCUCAUCCUGGCAGUGAGCAGCUCCAGGUCAGGCUACUCCACGGUGGUGGGGUGGGAGGGGAGGGGCGCCAGGGAGAGGAAGUCUCUGCUAAUCAUUCCUCCAACUCUCCUGGGUCCUUGAAAUUAUGGCCGGCUGCUACCCCAGCCCCCUUGACUCAACACCCGGCUUCCUCAUCUCAAAGCAGAAACGCAUUUCCCCUAAAAUCCAAAUCUCCCUCUUUUCUGAGUAGUUGCAAUGCUUUUGGCCAGAGUCCUCCCCAACAUCCAAAGUCAAGCUUCCCUCUGUUCUGUCCCAUGAGCCAUCUCUGCGAGGCACAGGCCCCUGCUGGGAGAAGGCUAUAUCCCCCUGACCUCUCUUCCUCCACUCCUUGCCUACAGGGCCCUAGUUCCAGGGCAAGGGUGGCGCUGACCGGGCUGAUAGAGGGGUGUGUGUCAGGCUGCAUCGGAGGAGGAGUACCUCUGUGUUCCACUGAGUUGGCAGGAGGGUGCCAAGUGCCAGGCCCUCCCUGGGGGGCCAGUUCGGAUUCCUCCUGGAUUCCUCUUGCCUACCCUUCUGUCUCCCUCCCUUGCCCACUGUGGGUCUCUCUUUACUUUCCCAACUCCACUCUGCACUGGUGCGGAGAGGGAGCAUUUGAUAUUCAUAAUCUGGUUCAGAGAAGGUCCCGAAGCCCUGAGUCACUGUAUGGUUUCCAUGGAAACAGACUUGUUCAGAGGACUCGGUGUAGCGGCUGUGGUGGGGGAGAAGGGAAACAUGUAGUAAAACCAGGCUCCACAAGUGUGGCGGGACUUGGACCAACUCCCUUCAGUGGGGACUGUGAGGGGUGGGCAAGGCUCUGGCCUCCCCAUAGGAGGGGCUGCCUCUCCCCACCCACUGGGGUCCCCUCAUUGGGAGCUGCUCAGCUGCUUCUGUGGCUCUUGGCAGGCUGCUGCUUCUCCCAUGGACCUUCUGGCUAGGUUCCCCAGGCUCAUGGCUACCGCUCCCUGCCUCAGUUUCCCCCUCUGUAAAUGGAGAAAAGAACACCUACCUGGCAAUGUUGUCGUGAAGGUCAAAUGCAGUAAUAUAUGAGACACACUUAGAAUGGUCCCACAGUAAGUGCUCCAGUGCAUCAUUCCUAGAAAUUAAGUCAGGGCAUUAGAAGAAACUCCCCAAGUGUGUUCACCUAGAUCCCUACCCUGGGUCCCAGAAGGUGGUCCUGACAUCUGGCUGAGUGGGCCUCUUGCUUUGAAAGAGCUUCUCCCCCCGGCCCCAGCACAUCCCCAGCUGGGAAGCAGCUAGCCAUUUCUUUCUACAGAACAUUUGUUUCAGGUUCCUGAGGGCCUGGCACAUUGCUAGGCAGCCCUGGGUUUUGUUCAGACCCUACCUGUCUGGGAGCCUUGUGGGAGCAAAUCCAGAUGGGAGGGGUUGGCCCUGGAGCCCCUUGGGGUUGGGGCAGACAGGGAGGGGCAGAAGAGGUCCAGGCAGAGAUGGUGGCCCUCUGUGACAGAGGGAAGGCAUUGGGGUGGGGCAGGCCACUGUCACUGAUCCUGGAGAGGCUGGUUCAUCUGCCUGUAGAAGCAUCUAUUUUCGUCUUGAUUAGCUAGAGAGGGACAGGUAACUCUUCAGAAAGGUAAGAGAUCCUGCACACUCUCCUAACCCCAAAUUAGAACCUCUAGCACUCAGGUGUUCCUAGCAUGCCCCACGAGUCUGGACAGUCUUGGGUUCCCGCCUGAGCAGCUGCUGAUCUGCUGGGGCAGGGCAAGGGGCUCCCCAUCACUGCUCAGCAGCAUUAAGGAGCGAAGCUAGGGGAGAUUCUGGGUGCCACUGAUGCCUCAGCCCGUUUCCCUCACCGGCCCUUCUCUCUCACUGCAGCCCUCCCCUCCAUGGCCCUCCGUGGCAGGGCUCCCUCCUCCCCUCCUGUAACAUGGGCUUCAGCUCCAGGCUCCUUAACGACACACCACACCCAUCACAACCAGCUGUCAGAGCUGCAAAGCAAGCUCUUUAUCUGUGGCCCUUCCUUCUAUUUCACAGAUGGGAAAACUGAGAUUCCUGGAGUUGGCUGUAUGGCCAGAGCCCAAGCUAGUGUUAGCCUCUCUCAGCUACACACCAGCCCUGGGGAUCCCCUUUCUUUCUUGCCGGCUCUCCAAGCAUCCCCCAGGACACCCCCUGCCACCUCUCAGGUUCCUGCCAAGGUUCUACCUACCGCAGGUCCCUCUGGAGCGUUUUGCUCUCUUCAUUGGUGUUCACAACACCUUCCAAUUUAAUAUCCUCUGCAAAUUUCAUUAACGGACUGUUUACUCCCUCUCUCAGGAUCAUUAAUGAAGAUGUUAGAUAAGAUCUGACCCAAUGCUGAGGCUUGGCAGCCCUGCCCCCACUCCCAAACUCAUGGCCCUGCAGCCCCUUCCCCUGGGCUUGCCUCCUCCACCCGGGCUCUUGGGACCUGCUCCCUCCUGCUAUUAUGCCCCAUGACAAGUGCUUAGGGCCAAGUCUGUUUGAAUUAAUUUUGUAAGAUUACUCGAGGCACUGUAUCAAAUGCUUUGCUAAAAAUCAAGAUAUAUUACCCUGCCUGCGUUUCCUUCAUCUACCAGUCUUGUAAUUCUAUCAAGAAAGCUAUCAAGUUUGUCAGGCAUGAUUUGUUCUUUAUAAAUCCCCACGGUGCCGCAUGGGGGCACAGGGUUCCCGCGUUUUCUAAAUGUUUAGAGAUUCCCUCUUUGUGUUUGCUCCUUGAUUAGAGCUGGAAGGCGGUGGGCUGGGAAUUGUCAGGAAUGCUGUCUCCUUCCCAGGGACGGGGAAGAAGGCAUGGCUCCUUUUCUUCUCCUGAGUUUUCUGCCAGUGUCAGCGAGUUGUUUAGGACCCACUGAGUCCCUGCAGUGUGUGUGGGGGCCCCAAGCUGGGCACUUGGGGAGGAGGGAGAGGAAAGAGCAGGGGGAGGGAGAUGGGGGUGCCUGGUGAAACAGACAGAUGAGCCUGCUGCAGACAUUCUGAAGGUACCAUUGAUUGAGAGAUUGUUGCGUGCCAGCCACUAUGCUAACAGCUUUACAUGCCUGAUGCCUGACGCCUGCGCUGGGAGAGGACUGUGACCUCCCUUCACCUGAGUUCCUGAGAAUCAGAAAGGGUUAAGGCUGCCCAGGACUCAAGGUCUGGGUUUACCCUCUGUUUAUGCUGUUAUGCUGCUCCUAGCCAUUUUAGACACACAGAAAGGAUCAAAAAGCUGAAUGAAGUGGUUAGGACUUUUUAGGAGGUCAGAGUGGGGAUGGAAGGGAAACCUUGAGGGAGAGCUUUGGAGAGGUGAGGACCUCUCACACACAACCCCCAGAGCCUGAAAUCUGUUCUCUCUCUGCCACUUCCGAGUUGCAUGAAGAGGACCCUUAACUUCUCUGAGCCUCAGUCCCUCACCUGUGAAAUGGAUUCAUCUAUAGUUCUUGCCCCUAGGCUUACAGAGAAGAUCCAAUGAGGUGAAGCAUGAAAGGUUCCUACCUUGGUGCUAGGCCGACAUUGUAUAUGUGUCCUACAAUGGAGGCCCAUGUUGAUGGUGGCCAGACACUCAUCUGGUUGGCCAUAUGCCCAGCGGAUGGAGCUGUGGCCCCUCCUAAUGCUUCUCACCCAGCAGAAGAGGGGUGACAGGGUGAGCCUCGCUGGCAUCCCAGCCCAGAGGCAUCCUUGGGACCAGCUGUGGGCUGGUGAUAAGCUUUCGGCUUAGAGAGCAGGGAAGCCUCAGCUGGGCGGAGAGCCCAAACCCGAUGCCCCAUUCCAGACUGUUUCAGGCCAGAUGGUAAUAAAGACAUUCUUUGGUGUCUUUCUGGAGGCAUAGGAUUUGGGUAUUCCUGGGCUUCCUGGUCAUAAAACCACUCAAAGCUCCGUGUGGAAAGCACAGUGUGUUUGGGCUUCUGCUUAUCAGGUGCAGCAGUCCCGUGUCCACACCCACCUGGGAUCAUUUUCAUUCGUGUCAUUCACCCAGGGAGGGAGAACCCUCUGGGAAGCGGUGAAAUGGUACACACUCAUUGGUAUGCCAGGGAAACCAGCCAGGAAGGGCUGCAUCAGCAGUCCCCAGUCCCACCAGCAGGUGCCCCAGGGACCUGACCCUGGGGGAUGGCCAGUAGGUAUCAGAUGAGCCAAUAUCUGGGUUGUGGGUGAAUGCUGUGAUUGAGAUUGGCACCAAUGUGUCCUGGGACCCUGGUGGCAACCUUGGCCCCCGUGCUCCCUGUCCCUCCCUCUGGCUAGUGAUGCUCUUGGGUAUGGCCUGGGGGUUUAAACUCUGUGAUUAGGGCCAGGGCUUGGUAAUCCUUCGAGCUGAGUCUGAAUCCUGGCACCACCACAGACUAGCUGUGCAUGCUUGACCGAGUUCCCACACUUGCUGAGCCUCACUGCUCCUCGUCUGUGAAAGGUGGCAGUGGCACCUGGCCUGGGGGAUGCAUCCCCUUAAGGGAGCCCUGUCUCUGAUCACCGCUGGGUAUUUACGUCUGCAGUCUCCUCCAUCCCAUCUGAUAGCCUCAAGGCUCAGUUUCAGGUAGCUGGUGUCACUUCGGAGUUGUUGGAAGAAGACUCCCCAGCUUCGUGCCUGGAGGCGCCCUUUCGACGUGGAGGCCUGGGUCUGCUGGUCACAGGGCUGCCGCACUGGCUGGGACAGCCAGCUGGACCUGGAGACGCUGGUGGCUGUGGACUCCCCAGCUUGGAGCAGCCCCUCUUUGACCUUGCCCCGUGGAGAAGCAGCCCCAUGAAGGUGCCCAGCCAUGCAAUGUUCCUGGAAGGCCGUCCUCCUCCUUGCCCUGGCCUCCAUUGCCAUCCAGUACACGGCCAUCCGCACCUUCACCGCCAAGUCCUUCCACACCUGCCCCGGGCUGGCAGAGGCGGGGCUGGCCGAGCGGCUGUGCGAGGAGAGCCCCACCUUCACCUACAACCUCUCCCGCAAAACCCACAUCCUCAUCCUGGCCACCACGCGCAGCGGCUCCUCCUUCGUGGGCCAGCUCUUCAACCAGCACCUGGACGUCUUCUACCUGUUUGAGCCUCUCUACCACGUGCAGAACACGCUCAUCCCGCGCUUCACCCAGGGCAAGAGCCCGGCCGACCGGCGGGUCAUGCUGGGCGCCAGCCGCGACCUCCUGCGGAGCCUCUACGACUGCGACCUCUACUUCCUGGAGAACUACAUCAAGCCGCCGCCGGUCAACCACACCACCGACAGGAUCUUCCGCCGCGGGGCCAGCCGGGUCCUCUGCUCCCGGCCUGUGUGCGACCCUCCAGGGCCAGCGGAUCUGGUCCUGGAGGAGGGGGACUGCGUGCGCAAGUGCGGGCUGCUCAACCUGACCGUGGCAGCGGAGGCCUGCCGCGAGCGCAGCCACGUAGCCAUCAAGACUGUGCGCGUGCCGGAGGUGAACGACCUGCGCGCCCUGGUGGAAGACCCGCGGUUAAACCUCAAGGUCAUCCAGCUGGUCCGAGAUCCCCGUGGCAUCCUGGCUUCGCGCAGCGAGACCUUCCGUGACACGUACCGGCUCUGGCGGCUGUGGUACGGCACCGGGAGGAAGCCCUACAACCUGGAUGUGACGCAGCUGACCACUGUGUGCGAGGACUUCUCCAACUCCGUGUCCACCGGCCUCAUGCGGCCCCCGUGGCUCAAGGGCAAGUACAUGUUGGUGCGCUACGAGGACCUGGCCCGGAACCCCAUGAAGAAGACUGAGGAGAUCUAUGGGUUCCUGGGCAUCCCGCUGGACAGCCACGUGGCCCGCUGGAUCCAGAACAACACGCGGGGCGACCCCACCCUAGGCAAGCACAAAUACGGCACCGUGCGAAACUCGGCGGCCACGGCCGAGAAGUGGCGCUUCCGCCUCUCCUACGACAUAGUGGCAUUUGCCCAGAACGCCUGCCAGCAGGUGCUGGCCCAGCUAGGCUACAAGAUCGCCGCCUCGGAGGAGGAGCUGAAGAACCCCUCGGUCAGCCUGGUGGAGGAGCGGGACUUCCGCCCCUUCUCGUGACCCAGGCGGCGCGGGUGGGGGCGGGAGGCGCACGGUGUCGGUUUUGCUAAAAUGGACCGUUUUUAACUGUUGCCUUAUUUCCCCCUCCCUCUUCGUGUCCCUCCUGCCCCCAGCUCACCCCACUCCCUUCUGCCCCUUUUUGUCUCUGAAAUUUGCACUACGUCUUGGACGGGAAUCACUGGGGCAGAGGGCGCGUGAAGUGGGGUCCCGCCCCCACCCCACCCUAUUCAGACACAUGGAUGUUGGGUCUCUGUGCGGAAGGUGACAAUGUUUACAAGCACCACACUUACACAUCCACACACGCACACGGGCACCCACGAGGAGAGGCACCCGGGGCCACGCGACUUCUCAAGCUUUUGAAUGGAUGAGUGGUCGGGUAUCUAGUUUUUGCACUGUCUUACUAUUCAAGGUAAGAGGAUACAAACAAGAGGACCACUUGUCUCUAAUUUAUGAAUGGUGUCCAUCCUUUCCUGAUCUCUGCCUCUUGCUCCUGACACUCACUUCCCCCCUUAGAGCAGCAAAACUGCCCCCUCCUGCCCGCCCUUGCCUGUCGGUGAGGCAGGUUUUUACUGUGAGGUGAACGUGGAUCUGUUUCUGUUUCCAGUCUGUGGUGAUGCUGUCUGUCUGUCUGAGUCUUGUGGCUGCCCCUGGACCAGUGAUGACUGAUGAAUCUUAUGAGCUUCUGAUUGUUCUUGGGGUCCAUCUGUGAUAUUUCUUUGUGCCAAAAAGAAAAAAAAAAAGAGUGGAUCAGUUUGCUAAAUGAACAUUGAAAUGCUUUAUCUGUGUUUUCUGUAAAUAAAAGAGUGCAAUAAUC